GUAAAAUAAAUCCGGAACUCACCGCGCAAAAUAUUGGGCAGUGCAAACCCUACUGACCCCUGUGAUAAAAACUCGAGCUCUCUGUUUCCUUUUUACAAUAGUCUCUCUCUCUCUCUCUCAGUUUGCAGAGCUUUGAGCGCAUCCAUCGGACAAAUUACGGAACACUUGAAGAUGGGCCUAGACGAGAAGAAGAAGAAGAACAACGACGACGACGAAGCUGAAACUACUACAGCUCAACAAUCGGCUAAGAAGAGAAAACGCAAAGAAGUCGCCAUCUUUGGCAACUACAGAAACUACUACGGAUAUCGCGUUGGUCAGGAGCUGGAGGAAGAUCCUAGGUUGAAGGUUUUGAAGAAGGAGUGGUUUGAGGGCAAGGAUUGUCUAGACAUUGGAUGCAAUAACGGGACAAUAACAAUCACAAUUGCGAAAAAGUUUGGCUGCCGGAGCAUCCUUGGAGUUGACAUCGAUGGUGAUCGGAUCGAGGACGCCCAUUGGAAUCUCAGAAAAACUAUGAAGAUGAGUACUCGUGCAGUACAAUCAAAGCCUACCAAGUUAGAAGAUUCAGAAAGAAUGAAUGUUGUACAACACCAUGUCACUGAAGUACAAAGCGGAGAGACUAGUAACGGAAAAGAUCUUUCCCACCUAGUUACUUUCCAAAAAGGAAACUUUGUUAAGGAUUGGUGGCCGCCAGAGGAUAGGUUCUAUCAUACAAUUAUUUGCUUAAGUGUAGCAAAAUGGAUCCAUUUGAACUGGGGUGAUGAUGGAUUGAUUAUUUUAUUUGCCAAGAUUUGGAAGCUUCUUGAACCGGGUGGCAUUCUUAUUUUGGAACCCCAACCUUGGAACUCAUAUUACAAAAACCGUCUUGUAUCUGAGAUGGCACAAACUAAUUAUCACAAUAUCAAGAUCUAUCCUGAAGGUUUUCAAGAAGUUCUUUUGGACAAGAUUGGAUUUAGGAUGGUAGAAAACAUCAGUUCCAGGUUAUCGGGCAGCAAGUCUGGAUUUGACCGGCCAAUUCUCGCUUUCUGGAAAUGAUUCAUUUGGGGUUCCGCUUGUGUCUUUGUGUGGAAUUCCUCACUAUGGAUAAGGCUUUCUACCGUUUUGAUGAUGGAAAUAUUAAGGUAUGUUUAUCAGAAUGUAGGGGAAAAUGAGCUGAAUGAAAGUUGAUAAACGGUGAUAGGGAAAUGAAAAGAAGUCUGUUUUGUUUCCUGAAUUUUGAAGUGGUGUAGGAUUGUUAUCUCUGUUUGUUUAAAAUGCAGGGUGGUUUGGAGUACAUCAGUGUAUUUUCUGGUUCUCCUUUUUUGUCGAACUCCAUCUGCAUCCUCGGUAGAAUGGGCAAGGGCAACUCAAGUAACAACUGUAUAUUUCGUUCUGGAUUUUGGGUUUUGGCUGUUCUGCCAUAAUGUAAUGACAAACGCUCUGGUAUACGUUGCAUGUGAAUUGAUUUGAGUCAGGUUGGAGCUGUCCUUGUUAUAGAGUAUAAAAAUUAAGCACGAUCAGUUCCUUA